AUGAGAAAUAAAUCAAAAUCAAAACCAAAGUUAGCAACAAAAAGGCAGCUUCGCAAAAGAGAUCUAUCUCUAAAAGCCAGAAAAAAUAAGCUUAGAAGGAGAUCAGUGGCUGCUGAGAAAAGAAAAGCUAUUAUUGAAAAUCUUAAAAACAGAGAGCCCUUGAGGAAAUCAAGGAAGAGGAAAUGGGACUGCCAUUCAGAGUCUUCAUAUAGGAGUAAAUCCAGAAAAUACUCUAUCUCUUCCUCUCCGAAGCUUAAGAAGAAGAAAUGUAAGACAAAAAGGCUGGAUACAAAUCUCUUUGGUGGAUCUGGUAAUAAGAACCGCACUUUCCACAAGCAGGACUACUUCAAAGGAGAACUUAAGAGAGCCCAUAAUGAAAUUUUAGAUCUAAAGUCCCUUCUUGAGCAGUCUAACACUGCUCUGAGCAUUAGUGAGAAGGAAUUCGACUUAAUGAAAAAGGAAGCGACUACUUUGAAGAAGAAAAUGAAACAUUAUAAGUAUUACAAAGAGAAAACCAAGGAUUAUAAAGAAAAACUCAAGAAGGCUUCUAAAGAAAUCCAAGAACUUGAGAUGGAGAACAACCGCCUGAAUCAAAUAUUUGGAGACCAAAGUUUGAUCUUUAAUCGUGACCAAUGCAGGAAAGUCAAGUUUCAGCUGAAGAGCAUUACCCAUUCUGUGACUAAGCUGCUAAACCUCCCAGGGCUUGACAAUAUCAUUUCUAAGGAACUUAAUCUGAUACUGGAUUUUUGUGGGAGGAUCAUGAGUGAAAUGUCCAAAUUCCCUACAAUAACUGUAGAAGACUCGAAGAUUUCUGAAUGAAACUCACUUUCUUCUAAAGCUGUAGAGGCUAUUGGAGUGACAGGUUUGCAGAAAUACAAGCAAUUAAGUGAAAAUUUCUCUUUUAAUACUUCAAAUUUUAACCGAGAGGCCAAUAACCAGACUCAGAUUUCGAUGAAGAUAGAGAACCAAUUAAUUGGAGAACCCCACGAUAGGCCGAACAAGGUUAGAACUUCUCACCAAACAAGCCACUCUCGCACGAAAACUGAAAAAUCUUCGUCUCGGGACGAGGAGGAAUACAGGAUCAGGAAGAUUAACAAUGAAUUGAUGUAUAACUCACAAGAGUAUUCACAACAGGAUUCUCGUCAGAUGACUUGGAAUGAUCAACAAGAACAUGAGUCAAGAGGCCAGUUCGAUGAGUCACAAGAGAACCUGAAGUUCGAGAACGAGUGUCUAAAAUAAUGAGCUAUUUUCAGUGAAUAAAGACUUCAUUCCAAACUAUGAAAGAGUAAUUAAUGACCUCCAGAGUCAGAACAAGGACUUCCAGCACAAAAUCUCCGAGCUUGAACGAUCAAAUGGGUGGGACCAAGCUAGCGAGAAAAUGCUAAAAGAAAUGCGCAAAAUGCAGGAAGCAAUAGAUAUGGUAAAGCAUGAGAAUGAAGCCUUGAGAGAUGAACGUCAUAUGUUCCAAAACCAACUUUACACUCUAAAGAAUGUGAACGAAUCACAGCAGAAGUUAAUUCAGUUUUUGAAUUCAGAGAAGGAGAAUAGUGAUAAUGAAAAUGAGAAUAAUAAUGAGAAGUCUUUCUACAAUAGGGCUGAUUCAAGCUUUAUCAACCGGAAUCAUGACAAUAAUUUCUCGCCUAUUUCAGAAGAAGAAAAUGAGUUUGGCAAUACUCUCGAAUUAGAAGAUAAGAAAAUUACUGAGGAAGAGCUCGACCAGAAGAGCGAUGACUCUUACGAUCUAGACAGCCAAGAUGAUGACAAGGAACUCAACUCUAUUGAGAAGUCUAGACAGAGCUAUAAUGAAAUCAUUGGGUCUUUCAAGAACAUCCAUGAUAAGCUUGAACAGUGGCAUAAUCAGAGAAAAUUACCAGAUAAGGAAUAUGGAUCACUGAUUCAGCAGGAGACAGCUAGCUUUGAUAACAUUGAACCAGAAAACCCCCAGAAUAAGGAAGAGGAUACUUUCUUAUACGAGUUUGAGAAGCAUAACUCUAAUACUAUUGAGAGCUCUUAUGACAACAAGGAGAAUUCUUGUAAAAGCUCAAAUAGCAAAUUAGUUCAAAAACAAGGAACUUAUGAUUCAGAUAAGGAGAAUAUAUGAAUGAAUAGCUACAAUAAUCUUCCUGACAGCUCUCAGAAAAUGCAGACUUUUAGCAAGAACGAACUGAAAGAGAAACUUAGGUAAAUCUAAUUAACCAUAUUUAGGUCUCCAUUUUCUACAAAUUAUGAAGCAGAUUUCAGUAGUUUCAGGCCAAAUAACAUGGAAUAGAAUGCACAUGAUCGUAUUGAGUUAUUAUUAUGUGUACUUUUGUUAUUCUUGAUAU